AUGGAAGCAAAUAAAGACGAAGCUUAUCAAUGUUUGGAACUUGCUAAUCAUGCUAUCACCGAAGGGAAUAUUGACAAGGCAGAGAAAUUAAUUAACAAAAGCUAUAAACUUUACCCAAAUUCUGAAGUGGAUAGAAAAAGAGGAUUAAGUUUUCGUGGUAAACGCCACGAAGCUGCAUAUAGUUUAACAGAUGAAACUUUAGACCAUGGUACUUUCCUUGAAAUACUUAUACUCUUAGGUAAAUUUGAUCCCAUAUUAAAAAAUCAUUUGGAUCAUGUUGCUUUAAAAAGUAAAAAAGCCCACCAAAAAAACAAAACUGGCAGAGGUAGUUUAGUAACUUUUUUUUCUAAAACAACCAUCAAUUCAAUUAUACAGAUCAUUUGUCAAAUAAUGAGACAAAACAUUGUUAAUGAAAUUAAAAGUGCUGGGAUGUUUUCUAUACAAAUUGAUACAACGCAAGAUGUGAAAGUUGAAGAUCAAUGCUCAAUUAUCAUCAGGUAUCUAACCGACUCGGUUAAAGAAAGACUAAUAGCGGUGACAAAUGUAAAAUCAUCUACAGGAGAAUCUAUGUUCCAAUUAGUCAAAGAAACUUUGGAAGUAAAUGGUGUUGAUUUAAAGUAUUGUAUUGGGUCUUCUACAGAUGGUGCAUCAAACAUGCAAGGGCGUUAUAAAGGAUUUUCUAAGUAUUUGUCAGAUGAAAAUCCAUCUCAGUUGCAUGUUGUUCAAGACUACAGAAAAAUGUAUCCAUCAUUUAGCCGACAAUGUGUAUCAAAUUUAUAA